AUGGCAUCCAUUCUGGUUAUUAUUGGUCUACUAUUUUGUGGCCUUCUGCUUCUGUAUCGAAGGGCGUUACCCAGGCCAUACAUUGGCAUCCCAUACAAUAAAGAAUCUGUGCAGAGAAUCCUUGGAGAUCUUCCAGGACUUCUUUCCCACUUCAAGAAAACCAAAGGAAUCGCAAGCUUCUCGUUUCAGCAAUGUCGCAAUCUGAACUCGCCCAUCGUCCAGAUCUUCUUGCGUCCAUUUUCGCGCCCGUUCAUCUUCAUCGACGAUCCCCAGGAGACUGAAGACAUACUGCUCCGUCGAACUCGAGAGUUCGAUCGGGCUCCAUCGACCAUUGCAUUUUUCGAGCCUUUGGUCCCUGAGGCGAGUAUGGUCAAGCUCUCAAACCCGGCGUUCAAGGAACAGAGGCGAUUGUGGCAGGAUGUCAUGUCGCCUCAAUUUCUCCGAAAGGUCGUCGGUCCAAAUGUGCAUCGCUGCGCGUCUGAGUUAGUCGAACUUUGGAGUCGGAAAUGUGCCCUUGCAAGCGAAUACCCUUUCAAGGCUUUGGAUGAUCUGGAGUUGGCAGCGUUUGACUCCAUCUGGAUCGCCAUGCUGGGAACUCGACUCACUGGCCUCCGCGACGAGAUGAAGGCGCUCGAAAAUGAACGUUCUGCAUCGGGCUCUGACAAAGACGAGCCUAUUGAGUUUCCCAAGGCGCCUGGGUCAAUCAUGUACCAUGCAAUCGAGUACGUCAACGGCACUAUUGAGCGAAUCAUGAGAUCUCCAUUUCCAGCCAAGCAUCACUGGUGGAUUCGACAGUCAAAGCAAUACAAAUACUACAGCAGCUUUAAAGAUAAGGAGAUUGAUGGGCUCAUUGAGAGAGCCCGUCUACGCUUCGAGAAGCUCACUAGUCAGGGCGACAUAGUUAUUGAGGACGAAAGAGACACUUGCGCCAUGAACCUAGUCCUCCGGCGUGAGGCGACCGCGUUCGCCAAGACUGGGCAACGCUCUCCAGCAUCCAGUGACACAGCAAUGCGCGAUGAGCUUGCGAUGUUGCUGGUGGCGGGCCACGAAACAACCGCCAUCACACUCGGUUGGGGUUUCAAAACGCUGGCUGAUAACCAAGUGGAGCAAUCAAACCUGAGAAGGAGCCUUCAAGAUGCCUUUUCAUCUGUGCGUCUAGGAUCUGUGCCAUCUGCCUCUGACAUUCUAUCCACCUCAAUUCCCUAUCUUGAUGGCGCAUUGGAAGAAAUUCUACGUUUCGCCAACACUGUGCCUCUACUGGCUCGUUCUGCCACAGUCGACACUACCAUCUUGGGUUAUCACGUGCCGAAAGGAUCCCACAUCAUGUGCAAUGCUCAGUUCAUGAACGAGCCCCUAGGUGUACCAGAUGUUGCCCGCGGCGAGUCCAGUCGGGCAGCUUGGGAACGCCGCAAAGGACAGGCUUUUUCCACGACGGAUAUAAAGCGUUUCAUGCCAGAGAGAUGGAUCAAGAAAGACGAAAAGGCGUGGAGGAAUUCGACUCCGCAGCAUUGA